AUGGAGUCGGGCGCACCUCACACGAACAAUUUUCCUUUCCACUCCGCCUCUUUCCCCAUGCCGCCGGGAGAAUCCCCCCGGUCCUUCCGCCACCCGCCCUCGCGCAACGGCAGCACAGGCGGCGAUAUGAGCUCCGAGCCUACCCCAUUCUCGGAACACAACCCGCGCCAGUCUCACCUCCCCCACUACGCAACAAACGCGCGUCAACCGUCGUCGCUUAGAUUCUCCUUUGACAAUAAAUGCGCGCUCGGCGCAAGGCAGGAAGACUCGGGGGAGGGGCCCGCGGGGAACGCGGAGGCUGCGCGCAGAAUAGGCGGAGGGGCUGAAGGGGAGGGGGGUUGGGGGGCGGAAACGAGGCCCGCAGAUGGGGAAGCCGUGCCGAGUCGGCGCAAUAAUACAGGCGCAUAUCCCGCGCAGGGGUUUGGCGGAAGCUUUGGCGGAAGCGGAGGUCCGCAACCCGCGGGCCUCUAUCAGGCGCAGUUUUAUGGCGAGUUCCGCCAACAGGAGAACCCGCGCAACCAGAACGGUGGAAAAUGGCGCGGAGGGGACGGCGGGUUUGUGCGGGAGGAUCAGACGGAGGGACAGGCUGAAGGGCAGGCGGAAAACAGUAAGAGUGUUCCUCUAGGGGGGUGGAGCACAGGUGAAGGAGCAGAGCGUGGACCUCUCUCAGCCUCGGGCGAAGCUGCGGAUUGGGCCGCAGCUGCGGCUGCCGCAGCAGCACGGCAGGCUUGGGAACACGUGGGCACGGUCCCUGUAGCGACGGCCACUGUUCCUGUAGCUGCAGGUGGCAAUAGCGAAUGGGAGGCGCAGAGCAAUAGUAGCAACUCCGCCCCUCCCCCUUUGCCGCCUGGCUAUGUGUCUAGUGAGAGCAGAGAAGGGGGCGGAGGGGGACGAGGGGCGGAAGGGCAGGGGGAGGAAGUGGUAUGGCGGGGGGAAAGGAGGCUUGGGGGGGAGUCUGUGGGAGAUUUUGGGGGAGUGAGUAGGGAUGGGGGGUUGAGAGGGGAGGAGCGGUCAGUAUUGAAUGAUUAUGCCAUGGUGCCUUCGACAGGGGGGAGAGAGGUGGGAGGAGGAGGCGGUGGGAUGGGAAGAGGUGGUGGGAUGCGAAGAGAAGUAGGCCAGAGGUUUUUGUCUCAGAGCAACAGAGACUUUGCAGCAGCAGAAGCAGCAACAGCAGCAGCAGCAGCAGCGGCGGCGGCGGCGGCUGCAGCAGCGGCAGCAGCAAGGGCGGCAGCAGAGGAAGCGGCCGUUCCUGAUGCCCCUCCCCCAGCAGCAAGCGGCGAGAUCAGCCGGUACCAGGACCCUUCCAGCAGCCUGCAGAUAAGCGCGGGGGGGAAUGGGGGCACAAGAGGGGGGAAUGCAGGCAUGGGCGCAGAGAACACAGGCGGGCAGCAGAGGUUCAGUGUGAGGGGGGGGGCUGGGGGGGAUGCAGUAGGGGCAGGAGUAGGGGGGUAUGUGGGAGGUGGAGUGAGGAUGAGCAUGGGUGGUGGGGGGUUCGGUCCGUUUGGGUUGAGACCCAAGAGACCUGAGGUGAGUGGGGAUGUUGCUUCGAUUUGGCUCAACCGGUGGUUGCGGCCCCCCACUGCUGCUCCUGGCGGUGCUGGUGCUGGUGGUGGUGGUGUUCAGGAGAAUCCCCUUUCUCUCCCUGUGUCAGGUGAAUUCCCAGGUGGUGGGUCUGUUUCAGGUAGUGCCAGUCAAGGCGAGCCUCUGCUGUUGGCUCAGGCGCCUGCUUCUAGGGAAGGGAGUCAAAUCGGGCAGCAGCAGCAGCAGCAGGGGACGCAACAGCAGGAGCAGGAGGAGUGGAAGCAGCGGGAGCGCGAGCGCCAGCAAGAGUGGCUGCAGCAGCAGCAGCGGCUGCAGCAGCAGUGGCAGCUGCAAACCAGCACCUCAGCCGAACCUCCUCCUUCUGACUCAGAACCCCCUAGAGACUCUGAUUAUUCUGCUGCUGGUGGGGGAAAUGCCGAUGCCGACGCUAGUGUUGAUGCUGGUGUCGAUGCAGCAGCUUUAGCAGCAGCUGUAGCGGAAGCAGAGGCGGCGAGGCGUCGAUUUGAGAGGGGGCGAGUGGCCAUGCAGAGCUGGAAGAGCAGGAGCAGACCCGCUAUUGCUCACACAGGAGCAGCAGCAGGCGCAGGAGAAGGAGCAGCAGCAGCAGCGGGUGGGAUGGUAGGGGAGGGAAUGGCACGGGACAGCUCAGCACUGCGAGUGGCUGCGAUUGAAAAUGACGUGGCGGCUUGGUCUGCUUUGCUGGCAGAGAGAGGUGGAGGCGGAGGAAGAGGAGGAGGAGGAAGAGGGGGAGGGGGAGCAGCAGUGGCAGCAGCGAGUGAUGCAGGGAGCAGCGGCAGCCACGACCAGCAGGCACAUCAAGCCCUCCAGCAGCAUGAGCUGGAGAUCCAAUCCCACCGCGACCAGCAGCGAGCAACAGCAGGGAGUGCACUGUUCGCCCCACACUCUUCCCUCCACGGCCAACAGAACCCGCACGCUCUCUCCGUCCACCCCCCCUCUCACUCUCACUCUCGCUCCUCUGCCACUCGGAGCUUUGGAGGGGCGUCCUCUCUCUCGCCCGCUCCUCCCUCCCCACCUGUCAGGGGUGCCGGGCCAGAGGGUCUUGAGAGUGUGUUGGAGGGAGGAGUGGGAGGGGAAGGAGGGGUAAGAGGAGGAGGAGGGGGGGCGAGGGGAUUCGGGGCGUUCGGGUCGGGCUUUGGUGGUGUGGGCCGAGGGUCAGGAGGUGGCAGGCUUGGGGCGUUAAGAUCAGGAACGGUAGAAGCAGGAAGAGGAAGGGGAGGAGGAGGAGGGGGCCAAGGAGGGAGGGGAGGAGGUGGAGGAGGAGGGAGUGAGGCAGCAUCAGGGGGGCCUGUGUUUGUGAACACAAGGCGGACAGAGGAAUAUCAAAAGCUACACCAAUCCUCCAGCACUCUCAAACCACCAGGCCACCCUCCCGUCUCUCCGUCUGGAUUCGCUGCAUUUGGCCUGCGCGUUUCUGCAGCUGAGAGUGUCAGCGGCAAGCUCAGGUCGCUCCGAGCCGGAGGGUUAAGUCCGGCAGCGACAGGUCCGGGUGGAGCCGGAGCCAAGCCGGGUGUUGCGCGUGCAGGUUCGGGGUUCAGCCUUAGUGCAGCAGCAGCUGCAGACGCUCUUACCAAUGCUGCUGCUGCUGCUGCUGCUGGCCUUGGUCCUGCUGGUGCUGCCAGUAACGUUGAUGCUGCCGUUACAGCUGCUGGUCAACGUCUAACUAGAGUGGGCAGUGAGGAUGCACGUGCAACUGGUGCUACCUUGCCUCGUCUUGGCAGCGGGGGUGGUGGAGGGGGUGGGUUCACGUGGAUCCAGGGAGGGUUUGUGCGGCGAGAAGGCUCAGCUAGCCCCGCUGCUAGUGCUGGUAGCGGCGGUGCAGCGGUUGUAGCGGCUGGUGGUGGUAACAGUGCUGAAAGUGGUGGGGGUGGCAACAUGGGAUACGAUUUUGGAUACGACAUGGGGUAG